AUGGCUGACUCCGUAGCAUACGACAAGUACAUGAAGGAUACCCUCGAUGAGCCUGCCAUCGACAUCAAUGACCUGGAUGCUGCCAGCUACAACAAUGGUGGCUACAGUGCCGGCAAAGGCAUGGAUUACGAAGGUGAUGAUGAUUUUGCGGAAGAGAUCUCACAGGAGGACUGCUGGGACGUGAUCCGCGCCUUCUUCGAAGAGAAGGGUCUUGUUCGCCACCAACUCGACAGUUUCAACGAGUUCAUGUCCAACACCAUCCAGGAGCUCGUCGAGGAGGUGCGCAGCCUAACUCUCGAGCAGAGCGAUCAGCACUCUGGCCACGCAGAAGACAAGACUCGUCGAUACGAGAUCGAGUUCGGACAGAUCUACCUCAACAAGCCUACCCAGACCGAGUCCGAUGGUAGUUCCGCUCAGCUCUUCCCGCAGGAGGCUCGUUUCCGCAAUCUCACCUACUCGGCUUCCUUGUUCGUUGAUGUGACGCAAAAGGUGCUCGUUCAGAGCGAAGAUGAGGUCGACCUCAACGGCGAUCCCGCAUGGGUUCCCGAGUAUGGCAAGACCGAUGUCGAAGAACAGCAGAUCUUCAUUGGCAAGGUCCCUAUCAUGCUCAAGUCCGACUUCUGUUGGCUCAAGGGUCUCGACGAAGAGAUGUCGUACUCGCUCAACGAGUGUCCCUACGAUGCUGGUGGAUACUUUGUCAUCAACGGUUCCGAAAAGGUGCUCAUCGCCCAAGAGCGGAUGGCCGCCAACCACGUCUAUGUCUUCUCCAAAGCGCCCCCAGCACCCGUCACCUUCCUCGCCGAGAUCCGCAGCGCCGUCGAAAAGGGCGGAAAGACCAUCUCCACCAUGCAGGUCAAGCUAUUCUCGCGCAACAAGGAAAAGACGGCCAACAACACCAUCCGCGCUACCCUUCCCUACAUCCGCAACGACAUUCCCAUCGUCAUCGUCUUCCGUGCCCUCGGCAUUGUUCCUGACCGUGAGGUGCUCCAGCACAUCUGCUACGACUUCAACGACACACCUAUGCUCGAGAUGCUCAAGCCAUGCAUUGAAGAGGCUUUCGUCAUUCAGGACCGGGAUGUUGCGCUCGACUUCAUCGGCCGUCGUGGUACCACUACGGGUCUCACGCGCGCCAAGCGUACGGUCUAUGCGCAGGAAAUCCUUCAAAAGGAGAUGCUGCCCCACAUUUCCACGUCCGAAGGCUCCAAUACCAAGAAGGCGUACUUCUUCGGUUACAUGAUCCACCGCCUGCUGCUCGCUGCGCUUGACCGUCGCGAGAUCGACGACCGUGACCACUUCGGCAAGAAGCGCAUUGAUCUCGGUGGUCCUCUUAUGGCCAACCUCUUCCGCAUGCUCUUCCGCAAGGUCACUCGCGACGUCUACCGUCACCUGCAAAAGUGUGUCGAGGAGCGCCGCGAGUUCCACAUCCAGGCUGCCGUCAAGUCGAGCACCAUCACCAACGGUCUCAAGUAUUCGCUCGCCACGGGUAACUGGGGUGAUCAGAAGAAGGCUAUGCAGGCCAAGGCGGGUGUAUCGCAGGUGCUCAACCGUUUCGCCUUUGCCUCCACUCUCUCGCAUCUGCGCCGCACCAACACGCCGAUUGGUCGUGACGGUAAGAUCGCCAAGCCUCGUCAGCUGCACAACACGCAUUGGGGCAUGGUCUGCCCUGCCGAGACGCCCGAAGGACAGGCGUGUGGCUUGGUCAAGAAUCUGAGUCUCAUGGCCACUGUCACCGUCGGCACACCCUCGGCGCCCAUCGUCGAGUUCUUGGAAGAGUUUGGUCUCGACAGUCUGGUUGAUAUGCAACUCGCCCACGCCAAGGCUACCAAGAUCUUCGUCAAUGGUGUUUGGAUGGGCACGCACGAUGAUCCUGGUCAGCUCGUUGACACGCUGCGCGACCUGCGACGAAAGGACGACAUCUCGCACGAAGUUUCCGUAGUCCGAGAUAUCCGCGAGCGAGAGCUGCGCAUCUAUACGGACGCCUCUCGUGUUCUCCGACCUCUGUUCAUCGUCAACCCAGAUGACAUGUCGUUGCUUAUCAAGAAGCGACAUGUGCAGAUGAUUGGCCAGCCCAUCCCCGAGACUGGCGAAGAUUACCGCUGGACAAACCUCGUGCAAGAAGGCGUCAUCGAAUAUCUCGACGCCGAAGAGGAAGAGACUGUUCUCAUCAGCAUGUCGACGACCGAUCUCGAGCAAUCUCGCGAGUACAAAGCACGCGGUGGACAGAUCAACCUGCAGUCCGCGGAUCCAUCGGCACGUCUGAAGUCCGUACUGACUAUCGCGCCGGACACGUGGACGCAUUGCGAAAUCCACCCGGCGAUGGUCUUGGGCAUCUGCGCGAGCAUCGUGCCCUUCCCGGACCACAACCAAUCGCCCCGAAAUGUGUACCAGAGCGCCAUGGGUAAACAGGCGAUCGGCAUUCCUAUUUCGAACAUCCUCAACCGAGCCGACUCGAUGAACCACUUCUUGUGCUACCCUCAGAAGCCUCUGGGCACCACCCGGUCCAUGGAGCACCUCAAGUUCAGAGAACUUCCUGCUGGAUGCAACGCAAUCGUCGCGAUCAUGACUUAUUCCGGAUUCAACCAGGAAGACAGUGUCAUCGUCAAUCAGUCGUCGAUCGACCGCGGAUUGUUCCGCAGUUUGUACUACAGGGGGUAUCAGGCUGAGGAGAAAAAGGUCGGAGUAAUGCAGCUGGAGGAGUUCGAAAAACCCUCUCGCGAUACGACCAUCAGGAUGAAGCACGGGACAUACGACAAGAUCGAUGAAGAUGGCCUGCCGGCACCUGGCACGCGUGUUUCGGGCGACGACGUGAUCAUCGGCAAGACCGCUCCCCUCCCGCCCGAUUCCGAAGAGCUGGGCAUGCGUUCGAAACUUCAUACGAAGAAGGACGCCUCCAUCUCGCUCAAGUCCACCGAGAAUGGUAUCAUCGACCAGGUUCUCGUGACGACUAAUGCAAAUGGCAACAAGUUCGUCAAGGUGCGAGUGCGCAACACUCGUGUGCCGCAGACCGGUGACAAGUUUGCUUCUCGACACGGUCAGAAGGGAACAGUAGGCAUCAUGUAUCGACACGAGGACAUGCCGUUUACGGCGGACGGUAUCGUUCCAGAAAUCCUGGUGAACCCACACGCCAUUCCGUCGCGAAUGACCAUCGGUCACUUGGUCGAGUGUCUGCUGUCCAAGGUGGCGGCGUUGUCGGGUCAAGAAGGCGAUGCGACGCCAUUCACAGAGCUUACGGUGGAGGCGGUGUCCUCGAUCUUGCGCGGUCUCGGAUACCAGUCGCGUGGCCUCGAAGUCAUGUACCAUGGACAUACGGGACGCAAACUGCAAGCGCAAGUCUACCUCGGACCGACCUACUACCAGCGUCUCAAGCACAUGGUGGACGACAAAAUCCAUUCUCGUGCUCGAGGACCGGUCCAGAUCCUCACCCGACAGCCGGUGGAAGGUCGUUCGCGAGGAGGAGGUCUCAGGUUCGGAGAGAUGGAGCGCGACUGCAUGAUCGCGCACGGUAUCGCCGGAUUCCUCAAGGAGCGCAUGUUCGAUGUGUCCGACCCGUACCGCAUCCACGUCUGCGACCUCUGCGGUCUCACGGCACUGGCGAAUUUGAAGAAGGGCACAUACGAGUGCCGUUCCUGCCGAAACCGCACGGCCAUCUCUCAGAUUCACAUUCCGUACGCUGCUAAGCUGCUCAUGCAGGAGCUGAUGAGCGUCAACGUCGCCCUCCGCCUCUACUGA